CCAAAGCAGCAGAUGGCAAUAUAACCUAAAAUGUUAACACUGAAAGACCAAAUGUUAGUUUUUUCUUGUUCACAUGUAACUACACAUAUGGAGUUUAAGAAAAUCUGUAUACUAGAAGUUUUUCAAAAGCUUCACUUUCACUGACCUAAAACACUGUUUACCUGUUGAUGAGAGAUUAAAGAUGAAAGAGCUCAAGUUCUGAGAAAAGUGCUGUGUUUUCCAAAACGACUGUGUAUACAUAGACGUGGCUUUAGACCAAGUUUGUUACAGAAUCUUCCACAUAUUUAUGUUAACAUUUAACAUUUCAUCAAAGAUUUAACAUUUGAACAAAAAUUAUUAAUGUAACCAAAAGGUUACUGAAAACCAGUCCACAAGCAGUUUAGGUAUCCUGCAGAUGUGUUCUUGUUGUCUUUUCUGUGCAUGAGACAAACACCAAAACCUUCAGAAAAUGGUUUCAAACAUAACAUGUGUUGUUUAAUUUUUGAAAUGGGUUGGUAAAGAACCAGAUAGAGGGGAGCAUUAGAAAUGAAUAUCAAUCCAAACUAUGUCUUAAUACCUCCUACCUUGAUAAGCAUUCCAAGAUGUGGUUACACUGUAAUAUUAUGGCAGCUGCUAUGAAGCAAAAGAUAUAUGUUAUAUACAUGUUAUAUGGUAGAACUGUAAAGUAAAGGAGUUAGAGAAUGGUAGACAGCAGACCAAAUCACUGUGAGAUAUGUGGGGGUUGGCUUUACAUCCAUAAUCUGAACACAAGAUUUGAGCAUAUAUUUUAUUUAUAAUGAUGCACUGAUGACAACAGCGUUUUCUUUGCUUGUUUGUUUUCAUAAAAGUGACUGAGUCCACCUACUUUUGGAGAAUUUGGAGAAUUCACUUCCCUCUGAAGGUUUGAUUAGACCAUGGAUAACAGCACCUUGGGAUGGCUCGGAGAUGAUAACACAUCUCUUCAACUCGAACUUCAAUCGUGUACUUUAUUGAGGCAUCAAGUCUCUCGCAUUUUCCUGUAUGCUUUCCUCUCGGUUGGCAUCAUCUGCACAGUUGUGGGCAACUUCCUGGUGGUCUUGUCCAUUGCUUACUUCAAGCAGCUGCAGUCCCCCACAAACUGCUUCGUCAUGUCCCUGGCGGUGGCUGACUGCCUAGUUGGCCUUGUAGUGAUGCCUUAUAGUAUGAUUCGAACUGUGGAGGGGUGCUGGUACUUUGGUUCUCUUUUUUGUCGGAUACACUCUAGCCUAGAUGUUAUGCUCUGCACUGCCUCCAUAUUUCAUCUCAGCUGCAUCGCCUUCGACCGUUACUAUGCCGUCUGUAACCCUCUAGUUUACUCUUUAAAGAUGAGCCACAGGCGGGUAGCUCUCCUCAUCGCUGUGUGUUGGCUUGUCCCCAUACUCAUUUCCUUUGGCCCCAUUAUGCUAGACCUUCAUGUUGCUGGUGUAGACAUGCUGAUUCCUAAAGAUUUAUGUGUGUUCUUGGUCAGUCGCAUUUAUGCUGUCAUGGCUUCUUUAGUAGCCUUUUACCUGCCCAUGGCAAUCAUGCUAAUAGCCUACUGGAAGAUCUUCAAAGCUGCCAAGCGGCAGGCCAGGCAGAUCAGUGCCAUGGAAAGCCAGAUGGCUGCUGGAGUGGGUAAAGACUCAAGCAAGAAAAAAAGACACCGGAAUGCCAUGAAGAGGGAGAGAAAGGCAGCGAAAACUUUAGGUAUCAUCAUGGGAGUUUUUCUCAUCUUCUGGAUGCCCUUCUUUACUGUCAACAUCGUGGACCCGUUCAUUGAAUACAGCACAGAGGUGGUCCUCUGGGAUCUCUUUCUGUGGUUAGGGUAUAUCAACUCAUCUCUAAACCCUUUCCUGUAUGGUUUGUUCAAUCGUUCCUUUCGGAGGGCGUUCCUCAUGUUUAUGGGCUGCGGGGUAUGCCUGCCCGGAUCAUCCCCUGGGAUGGAAUUAUCGCAUACUCGAAAAGAGGCAAAUGAAUGUGCAGAGCAAUCCUAAAAUAUAGAUUAUCUACAGUAUCUAUACAUGUAGGUGUAGAUAUUUCAACAAACAUUGAGGGCUACAUUUUUUUAAAUCAACAACAUUACUCUCGGACUACUUCAGCCACAGUUUUUGUUAACAGCAAGGCAAAAUAUGCUUAAAAGUGGGAGAAUAUCAUUAACUGUGAUCUGUCCACUAAUGAGGGUGGGUUUAAAACUAUGCCUUCAACCAUUAUGGAAGAAUUUGUUCCCAGCCUAUGGGUUCAUUUUCAUAAAAAUUACAUUAUUCAUUUUUCUUGUUAUUAUUAUUAUUACAUUUGUUUCAAAAGGAAAAAGUAGCAGAUCAUAAAGUUAAGUAAGAGCAUGAUUGUGGGAAAUAAGCAGUUAGAAGUGUUGGCUAACUUAUGUGAAUUGCUCUGUCCUUAGAAGAUCCUCUGUUGAGUGUAAGGAAUGUGUAAAUGCAGGAAUGAUGGUACAAUUCCUAACGAGUAGGCAAUGUGUAAGAUUAAAGCAUCUAAAGCUGCCUCUGCAGGGUUUGUGUUGAACUAAAACCAACUAAAUCCUAGGUGCUGAACAUUCCCAUAUUUAUCCUUAAAGUAAUUUUUAAAGGUCUAAAAAAAAUAGGCCAAAGGUUUUAAAUUUGUGGAAGUGCUGUUUUUCAUCUAAUAAGAAAGAGAACCAAAAGAUACCUAAAUUAGAGGUUUUAUGUAAGCGUAAACAAUUCCCAAGAUCUAAAUGGGGGGAAAGAGGGAACGUUUGGAAGAUUUGUGAAGCAAGACUUGGAGAAGCAAGUUGAAAGGAACAGAUGAAACUUCACUUCAGGAACACGCAGAUUUAAACCUCAGAGAAAAUAAUAAACUCAAGAUAAGACUGGCCAGCAAGGACUACAAAACACACCCUGACUGAACUGACUGGCGGAGAAGCAGGAAUUCACACGAGUUUGAAUGUGCAGUAAAAUCUCAGUUUAAGAUGGGACAAGAAGAGAAACAGAUUUAAGGUCAGCCUGUGGAAAUAUAUUGGUCGGGUAAACUUGAGACUUCAUGUUGCUCGAAGGCUGAUGCAGACACGGAUGGUCCUGAAACACACAGACUCCACUGGACCCGCUGAUGCUCCACAAUGCAUCAGCAGUGCAAAGCAAAAAAGCUGUGUCCACUUAAUCUCAGCCAAGGCAGCUGUUUUACAUGCUGAUUGUUUCUUUAGUUGUUAUUCAUUAGGAAACACAGUAUACUGCACCCAUGUUUGAUAUUUGAAAAUCCAAUGUUUAUCUAUCUGAUUGUAACAUUAUAUUGUGGAUAACAGGUGUUUAAACAGAGUCACCAAGUUUCCUGCAGUAAAUAAAUGUACAAAUUUCCAUUAAGAAAGAGUUAUCAGAUUGUACCACAUUUAGUACAUGUUUUGAGGUGGUAGAUUUCUGAGGAUUUGAAUGGUGGUUUAUAAUGAGCACACAAUGGAAAGUAGCAUUUUAAUCUUAAGUAUGUAUGCAGUAUCUUAAUAUACCCUAACUUUGCAUUGAUUAUUACUUCCAUGGAUACAAGUGUAAUGGAGAUGGCAUAAAGUUUGUGAUGUAAUUGAUUACUUGCAUCACGUAUAAGAUAAAUUGGUGUAGGAUGGUGUAUGAGUUGUUUAAGUUGUGGCAGGAGAAGCUAGAUGUGGCUGAAACGUUUACCCAAACACGUUGUUUCCAUUACCAAAAACUGCUUGCUGGGGUCUGGAGUCAAUGUACAUCUUAAUUACUGUGUAUGUUCUUGCAGACAGUUUACUCAUUAAAUAUGUUAAACCUGUCACGUAAAAGGCCGUCUUCAUUUCUUUGCUACAACCAAGUUCCUAUCAUGUUUAAUCAACUUGUAUCACAUAUUUCUGCACUGUUAGCGUACAUCCUCACAGCAGGCUGUUCUACAACUUACUGGCACCAGAAAGGUUUUGAUAGAUGACAACAAAUUCAAAAAAUCUAAUGAAGCACUUUUUUGUGUCAAUAAUGUGAUUUAAUUCACUGCUAAUGUUACAGUAGCACAAUCAUAGUGGGAACUCAGGCAACUCCUUUUAUAAUUUGGGAUACUUCAGCCUUUUCUCCUUGUUUCUCUUCUGGAAGAAUAGUUUCUUGAGAGCCAGACUUCCACUGAAGUCUACAUGGAUCAAAUGAAGGUCCAGAUGUAUCUCUCGGGUCCCGUGUCAGGUCUUUGCUGGAUGUUUUUUUUGAUCAAGGUCUUUUUUUAUUGAACAAAAAUUAUAUUUAACAACAAUUACAGCAGUAUUAAUGAACAGCUUUUCUUCUUUUUUCCCCUACCCAUCCAAAACAAUGCAACCAAGGCCCAGCCAGUUAUGCUGGAUGUUUUUUUCUGUUUCUUAAGGACAUGACUUUCAGAUACAUUUCUUUUUUUAGACACCAUUUGUCCAGUUUCCUGACAUUUCUUUAAAAACACACUGCACACCAUGCUGAGAUAUGCCAAGUUUUAGGCAAAUAGCCCCAGAGACUGUAAAAAUAUUAUUUUAUAUUUGCCAAACUCUGUCAUCUUUACCAUUUUUUUAAACUCAACUACAAAAAUGGAAACAAAAGAUAUGUGUACCAGGCUGCUGGUAAUAAAGCACCUAAAGAUAUAAUAAAGUUAUCACUGAUUCUUUGCAAAGUUGUCUUUUAUGUGUAGACACAACACUGGUUCUUCCUGUGAGUUAGGUGCCUUUUUGUGCUUGAAUGAUUCAUAGCUCAGUGCAGAGUGAUUUAUAGCUGUCAGCCUGUGUUUGUUACCUUUGGCAUUUUUUGUAGAUUCAGCUAAAGAAAUGGGAAUACGUUUUGUGUUGUUUGUGACAAGCUGCUAUUAACAAAGUCAAGACCAGUUUAAGUUUAUAUGACCACAUAAAAACUUUGUAAUCAGGGUAACUAUAUAAAUUUACAUGGUCUAUUUUCAAGCUCGGGCACAUGCUCCAUUUAAUAAAUUAUACUUUAGUGAAAUAGAAUGUUACCUGUUGCUGAACGGUUACAUAGUAUUUACUUAGUACACUCCAGCUCCUUCAUGAUCUUAUGAAAUGGAAAGAUAUGAAGAUAGGAGCUGUUCCAAUUGCACAUUUUUUAUAUCAUUUAUUAGUUUUGGAAAUGCUUAGCAAUGAAAAAAGUUCUUCCCUUCCAUUAAAGAAAAAAACUGAGUAAACUAAUGGUGGAAUUAGGGUUCCAACAGGAAACAACUGAGGUUUAUUGGUCUUCAUGGAGUCGCUCCCUUUCUCUCUGUUAAUGUGCACUGCCUCCAAUUCCAGAUUUAUGAAAGUGUGCUUGUGCUUUCCUGAAAUCUUUUUGUAUUUCUUUGUCGUUUGUAAUUUGUAUUUCUCAGUCAGUAGACAUAUUCUUACUGCUGCUCUGGCCGCU